AUGUUUCGGGGGAGAGAGGGGUACAAGGAUAAGAAGGUCUUGAUAGUAGGUGCCUCAGUCUCAGCAGCAGACAUAGCCAUCGACCUAAUCGGCAUCGCCCAAACCCCCAUCCCCGCCGUCGUCCUCGGCCACAAACCCAACAUCUUCUUCGGCGACAUCGCCUUCAAACACCCCCUAAUCCUCCAAAAGCCAUCGCUCUCCCACUUCUCCCUCGACAAAAACAACAGCAACAACAGCAACAACAACAACACCACAACCAUCACCGCACACUUCACAGACAACACCACCAUCCCCAACAUCGACGAAAUAAUCUUCGGCACAGGAUACACCUGGACCCUACCCUUCCUCCCCUCUGUCAAAAUCCGCAACAACCGCAUCCCAGGCCUCUACCAACACGUCGUAUACACCGCCGACCCCACCCUCCUCUUCGUCGGCGCCGUAGCCCCCGGCCUCACCUUCCGCAUCUUCGAAUGGCAAGCCGUACUCUGCGCCCGCAUCCUCGCGGGGCGCUGCAAACUCCCGCCCGUAGCAGAGCAGCGGCGAUGGGAGGAGGAGCGGGUGCGUGAAAAGGGGGAUGGUGUGGGGUUUACGCUGGUGUAUCCGCAGUUUGAGGAGUAUUUUGAGGCGGUGAGGGAGUUGGCGGGGGAGGAGGGGCCGGGGAGGAAGGUCCCGCGGUUUGAGGGGGGGUGGGUGGAGGUUUUGAUGCGGGGGCAUGAGAUGAGGAAGAGGUGGUGGGGGGAGGUUAAUGAGAAGGCGAGGGGGGAGGUUAAUGAGAAGGCGAGGGGGGAGGUUAAUGAGAAGGCGAGGGGGGAGGUGGAUGAGAAAGGGGGGGAGGAGGUGAAUGACAAUGUAGCCGCGAGGCCAGAGCCAAGGCAGGAACGAGUCAGGGCGAGAUUGUAA